GUCAACUCCUGUUGGAUUGUCACCCAUAAAGGCUUCUUUUGGGGCCUACUACCUGUCUCUUGUUGUGAGAAAUCGAAUAAAUAGAUAUAUUGUGUACUGGGUGUUCGACCUUUAUCUUCGUCAAUUACAACUAACCCUGAGAUAUCACCCUUUCGUCCGGGGUGCUCCGCUACAUCUUGUCGCCCAACUAAAGGGGCUGGUGAAGUUCGAGCAGUCCACAACAGCCAACCCAGUCCACCAGCAUCGCAACCCCAAAGUUAUUCUGGGACUGAACCCCAGAAAGAAUGGUAAUCCAUACCCCAGUUCACCAAUAUGGAACAAGAGCAAGAGGACGAGGUAGGGGAAUGUCCCCCAUGGGUACCCCCAGAGCACAUGACGGGGGCAUAGGUCAACAGGGUGAACUGCAUGAUAAGCAGCAUCAAGGUAGGCCUAGUCUAGUAGAUCCUGAGACAGCCUCAGCUUUGUGUGCGCAGCCAAACCCAAGGGGCCACUCAGUGGCGAGACUGCUUCAGAACAAUUUGCAGAUGUUACAGAGCCACGGGGCCAUAAUAGCAAAAAAUCAGUGGAAGAUAAAGAAGGCAAAGACUAAGGAGGCCGAAUUACUAGCUGGAUCGCUGUUGAAAUAUGUCACUGAAAAGAGACACACUAACCAAAACGAAGAAACUCGCGAAGAAAGUAACAUCGAGGAGUCAAGUCAUCAAGAAGAACAAGAAACCGAAUUAGUAGAAACAGAAAGACACAAAGAAAAGAGCGAAAUACCAGAAGUAGAUGUACAGAGUGAAAAAAAGGAGACAACAAGUAUAUAUGCAUCUCAACUAGGGGAUAGUAAUGAAGAGAUUAUAUGCGUCGAAAACCUGUGCCCUGUUGAAGAGUUGAAGGAAGAAGGAGAAACGAGCUCUUGUUCAGAACCAAAAAGAGGAACCAGUUUUGAUUAUGAAUUCUUAGAUUCCAAUGAUGCUUCGAACUGGCCAAUGCCCUUACCAGAUCACUUUCGAAUUGAGAUUAUUAAGCAAGGUAGUGAGACAUUCCAACAUAAAGAUGGUCCAUUUAUUUCUAUUGAUAGACAAGGCGAACAUGCUAAGGGAUCACAACGCAGUUUGACAUCAAGAUGGUUUUACUCAACUGUGGGAGACGGAAAAAAAUAUCUUCGAAAAUGGAUGAUUUACUCUAUCUCGGCCAAUAUGCUAUAUUGCUUUUGCUGUCGACUCUUUGCAUCCACGGACGAUCUGAGUAAACCAUUUGUUUCUGGUUAUCAAAAAUGGUGGAAAUUGAAUCCCGAUAUUUCACUUCACGAGGCAUCUCAUCAACAUAUAUCUAAUUUGGAAAAAUGGAAAACUCUCACAGUUGGUUUGAAAAACAAUGAAACUAUUGAUAAAGUUGAUGAAGACACUAUAAAUCGUGAGGCAAAAAAAUGGCGAAACAUACUUCAUCGACUUUUGGAUAUUACACUAUUUUUGGCUGAGGAGAAUCUUGCUUUCAGAGGCCAUAGAGAGGAUUCUUCAUCAGAAAACAGAGGUAAUUUCAUAGAAUUAGUGAAAAUGAUGGCAAAAUACGAUCCCGUAUUGAGUGAGCACUGGUCAAAACUUCAAGAAGCUGCAGGUGGAUCGCGAAGAGUACCUUCUUAUUUAUCAAAAGGUAUCCAGAAUGAAUUCAUUUCUAUUUUAAGUCAUCACGUAAAACAGAAAAUUAUUGAUGAUAUAAAAAACUCUAAAUAUUUUGGAAUUAUGUUUGACAGUACUCCAGACGAGAGCCACACCGACCAAAUGAGUGAAAUAAUAAGAUAUGUCCAUAUCGAAGAAGGAGCUGUGGAAGUUCGGGAGUGUUUCUUAGGUUUCUUUGCUAUGUCAGGAAAGACGGCAAGGUAUAUGUCAAAUGAUAUCCUAAAGCAGCUAGAGAAAGAUGGGUUAGACAUUCAACUUUGUAGAGCUCAGGGCUACGAUAAUGCCGCCUCAAUGUCUGGUGUGCAUGGAGGAGUCCAAAGGAAAAUCCGAGAUAUCAACCCUAAAGCAUUAUUUAGCCCUUGUGCAAAUCACUCAUUAAAUCUUUGUGGUGUACAUUCCUUCGCAUGCGUCCCUUCAAGUGUAACCUGUUUCGGCACUUUAGAAAAAUUAUAUUCAUUCUUUUCUGUUUCCACCCACAGAUGGGAAAUACUGACACAAAAGGUUGGAAAAACUUUGAAGAGAUUGUGUGAUACACGCUGGAGUGCUCACCAUGAUUCCGUUAAAGCUGUCAGACAAAAUGUAGAACAACUGAUCCAUACGUUGGAAGAAAUGUGUGAUCCCUCGAAAGAAAAUUUGGACACUAGGUCUGCAGCAAGGGGACUACUUCCUGCAAUAUGUGACUUCACAUUCUUAUGCUACUUGGAGUUCUGGAAUAUGAUUUUGGAAGAAGUUAAUCACACCCAAAAAUAUUUACAAACGCCUGAAAUCACACUUGACAUGGGUUUGACAAAAAUGAAGGCACUGCAAUUGUUUCUUGUCGAGGAAAGAAAUACGCUGGUCAAUACGGCUAUACAAUUUGGCACGCACAAAUGUAGAGAAAUGAGCAUAGAUAUUGAGAGACGUGGCCGACGAAAAGUCAAAAAGAAUCUACCCGGAGAAACUACAUCUGAUGCUGGCUUAACUUUGCAAGAGGAAGUUCGCAGGUCUAUGUUUGAGUGCUUGGAUAGAUUUAUUCAAGAAUUGGCUACAAGAUCCACUGCUAUGGAAAACAUAUCUAGCACCUUCCAUAUUGUACAAUCAAAAUUCCUGAUAGAAGCAUCUACGGAAAAUGAACUUGAACAGGCCAUAGAAGCACUCAACCUAGUCUAUGGUGACUUUGUCAAGGAAGAAGUAUGCAAAGAAGUAUACAGAUUGCGAAGACAUCUUGAAAAAAUUCAAUCUUUAUCUGUGACAAUAAUAAAUAUUGUUCUGUUGGUUCUGAGGAUGGCGAUGGCUGGCCUUCUUCUUUCCAGCCAUGUGCUUUUCAGGCAUUCAGAUUUUGGCCUCUCCACAUGA